UGGUCCAUCUCUACAAUCGACCUUCCGUCCGCGCUUCUUUCUCAAACCGAUCUUGGUCAGUUACGCGAACAUUACCAAACAGUCGUCAUGUGACACGCUGUAAAUAAAUAAAGUGCUAAAUAAAACAAAAACAAGUUAAAUAUAAGUAAAUAAAACAAAAACAAAAUAAAACAGCAACACAUAAAAGUUUCAAUGAAAUAUAUGUAAAUAAAACAAAAAUAAUAAUGAAAUUUUAAAAUAAGAACGGUUUAAUUAUUCUAACAAAAAGAAGAAUUUGGAUAAGUGGUAUUGAAAUUAGAUGCUGAUUAAAAUUCCAUUUGGCGCGUCACGUGUCUAAACGAAUGUUUUAUAAUUAAAAUCACAGGGUUUGGAAUACCAACUUUUCCGGGAUCAGUGUUUCUGUUAUAAUCCGGAUAUCUUGUAAACAAGAGUGAAUAGACACCUUUCCCAUCCCAUCUUAGCCCACAUCAUCACUUACCAUCAGGUGUGAUUGUGGUCAAUCUGACCACAACAAGACUGAAUCGAAUUCGAAUAAAAGUGUUUAAUUUCUGUUUUAAAAAUAUAAAUGUAACAGAUAUAUAAUAUAAAAAAUUACAACUUGAUAAUAAUGUAAAGUUAUUUACAUUAUUAUUUUAUAAAAUGGCGCCACAUUCCAACGAAAAAGAUAUGGAAAUGAGCCACAGAACCGACUUGAAAGAUGCGAAGUGUUAUAGCUAUGAAGAAGCCUUGGAUUUGUCAGGUCAUGGCAAAUACAACUACGGCCUACUUUUCGCCUGUUUCAUGGUGAUCGUCGCCAUGGGCAUCGACAUAUUUGGUCUGGGCAUCAUAGUGACUGCAGCUAGCUGCGACUUGGGCCUCAAUCUGCAACAGAUUGGAGUUCUGUCUUCUAUGCCGUUUGCUGGUAUUAUCGUCAUGUCGUACCCAUGGGGCUACCUGUCAGACACUAAGGGAAGGCGGUUGGUGCUGUUAUGGGCGAUGGGUGGCAGCUUCGUCAGCGCAGUUCUGAGCAGCCUGGCUCCUAGCUGGCAGGUCCUGGCGGCUUUGCGGUUCAUCAGUUCUGCUUUAUCAAGCGCAGCGGAAUCAGCAACGUACGCGCUUCUAGGUGAAUGUUGCAACUCUAGGUCUCGUGCCAAGUACAUGCUGCUGAUGACCAGUGCUCUUAUGUUAACGCCUACCCUUUACUAUGUGUGGGGCUACUUCAUAACCAAACUGAACUUCACCUUCUACAUAAUUGGCAUUGCCUACCGUCCAUGGCGUCUGCUGACCCUCGUCAUGGCGUUGCCUCUGGGCAUAGGUGCUCUGUUGCUGUGCUUCUUCAAGGAGAGCCCUAAGUUCCUCGCUAAUGUUGGAAGGAAGGAAGAAGCUUUAGCAGUUCUGAAGAGGAUGUAUGAAGUUAAUGGAGGGAAAGGGGAAUACCCGGUUACUGAUAUCUUGGGUGAAGACUGCAAAGAAGAAGUAGGCCAGCUCACACUUAGGUCUCUGUGGAUCCAGAUUGCACCACUCUUCAAACCCCCACUGCUGGGCAGAACGCUCCUGCUGUACUAUCUGACUUUUGUCACAUAUAUUGCUAACAACAGCUUCGCAAUAAUCCUGCCAACCAUAUUCAACGUGUUUUUCACAUCGUAUGCCAGCAGCAGAGCCGGUGUUGGCUUCUGUGAAAUUUUCGCGAGCAAUGCCAACUCCACCACACAUCAAGAGGAGGGGGAAUGUUCGGGACAGAUUGAGGACAACACAAUAUGGGCGGGCUGUGCGCACGGCUUGUCUUUCUUUGUCCUCAACGCUUUGAUCUCCCAGUGCGCGGGGAAACGAAAGGCACUUACCAUCACAAUUCUCCUGAUAGCAGCAAUAGCAGCCAUCGUCAUAGACCUGACGGGAGAGGCGCUGUCCGGCCUCGUCCUGUUCUACGUGUACCUCACCACGGCCAUGGUCUUCGGGGUCAUCUCCUCCUACUUCGUUACUCUCUACCCUACUUCUUAUAGGGGCAUGGUAGCGUGCUUGGGCAUGAUGGUGGCCCGGCUGAGCGCCUUCACCGGUACCAACGUGGUCAGUGGAGCCAUCACCGACAACUGCGCGGCCACUUUCUACGGCGCCGCUGGAUUGGUGAUCAGUGGCGCAAUUGCUGCAUGGUUCUUACCACCGGAUGGUAAAGAAGUCGAUUGAUUGUCGAGUAGAGAAAGGAAGAGAUGGUGUGUGAAGCGAACCGCCGAGUGCCGCCGAUAUCCGUACCGUGCCUAACAAAGGUCGAGUAGCUGAAGAGCUGUAUAAAGGGAAGAUGAAGGGAGUCUUCUGGUGUAGUGAAAUUAUGUAAUACUAAUACCUACACAUAAUCUCCAGCUGUCUAUGAAAUUCAAUAUCAAUAAAGCUUAAACACAAUAGAGAGAAAAAAAUCAGGCAGGCGUUUUUACUCGCUCGCCGAGCGAAAUGUGUUUUUAUUUUAUUAUCCCCCGACCCAAAAAGAGGGGUGUUAUAAGUUUGACGUGUGUAUCUGUGUAUCUAUGUAUCUGU